GCCUCCAAUACACUUUUGGUCUCUCAUAUUCAUUCAAACGACCGUGAGAGCACCUUGAAUAUUCUCACAAAAAGGUGACUAACUGAUAAAAUCUUUCAUUCAUCAUGUUGUUAUAGCUCUGUUCUUCUUCCAGCUUCGUUCUCUCUCCCUUCCAAACCUACAUACAUUCUUUUCUUCUGUUCUUUUUCGAAUCGCUCGAGCAUAGGCACUCUUCAAACACCACUCAACAGGUUACUUAUAACUAUUCAAUAUGGCAACUCGACCACCACUUUCAACACUUCUGCCGCCUCUCAUCUGCGGCACCGCAACCUUCAAUAAUCAAUAUAAUGCCGAUCCCUUCUCACUCCCUACAAAUGCCAUUGUGCAAAGAGCGUUGGAAUCGGGCGUAAAUGCCUUCGAUACAUCUCCAUACUAUGGGCCCUCUGAAGAAAUUCUAGGUCGCGCCCUCCAACAACCACAAAUUCUCGCCAAUCACCCCCGCUCCAGUUAUUAUCUCGUAACAAAAUGUGGUCGCAUCGCCGGUUCUGAAUUCGACUACUCUCCCGCGUGGAUCAAAUAUUCCAUCUCCCGCUCCCUCGCCCGUCUACACACAUCCUACCUCGAUGUUGUCUAUCUCCACGACGUCGAGUUUGUUUCUCCCCCAGAAGUCCUCGAGGCCAUAAAAUGUCUGCGCGAGCUUCAAGCUCAAGGUACAAUCCACUACAUUGGAAUAUCAGGAUAUCCCGUCCCAGUUCUCUGUUCCCUCGCUGAAAUGAUUUUGCGCGAGACGGGUAAACCUCUAGAUUGCGUAAUGAGCUAUGCAAAUUUCACGAUCCAGAAUCACUCUCUAUAUACCACCGGGCUUGCCCGUCUCCGCAAAGCAGGCGUGGAUUGUGUGCCCAAUGCUUCGGUCCUGGGCAUGGGUCUUCUACGCAGCUCGGGGGUCCCAGAUAACGGGAAGGAGGAUUGGCAUCCAGCGCCUAAGGAGCUACGUUCUCGAGUUCAGAAGGCCGCGCGAUGGGUGGAAGAACGCGGGGAGCGAUUAGAGGUUGUGGCUAUACGGUGGGGCCUUGAACGCUGGGCUCUCGAUGGGAAAGUCGGCUCUGAACCCAUCGGGGUAUCCGUUAUGGGUGUGAGUAACAUGGGAGAGUUUGAGGAAACUUUACGAGUAUGGAAUAGUGUCUUAGACGGGAUUGAUAUCCCCGGACGACAAGUCACGGAAGCUGAAAAGCAGUGGAGUUUGAAGAGAAGAGAAGAGACGGAAGGACUGGCGAAAGGGAUUAGAGAAAUCCUUGGAGACCAUCGCGAUUAUGCGUGGGCAAGUCCUGAUGAAGGGUUUGUGAAUAUGAGAGUUGUUAAGGGGGUUGUGGAUGAAGUUGCUCCGAUGCCGCAGGUGGAGGAUAUUUCCGCGACCAAGGAUUCAGACAAGAGUAGUAGGCUUUGAUUGUCUCCUGUAAUCUCAUCUUGGUUCUAUAUGGUUCAGGUAUUACGCACGCACGGAUUCAUAAAAAAAAAGAGAGUAUUGCUUGCAUGGCUUGGAUAAGCGAAGGCGUUGACAGAUAUGGAUUUCAAUACGUUUCAAUUCGUGUACUGACUGCUCUCACGCAAUCAUCAUACCCAUAUCUAUAAUCAAGACCA